CUUCAUUCUGCAUCAGCUGUGGCUGCAAGACAAACAGGAACAAAGCAGGCACAAUGAACCAGAAGGUGGUACUCAUCACAGGCUGUUCCUCCGGGAUCGGCCUCGCUCUGGCCAGCCGGAUCGCGAAGGAUGAGAAGAAGAGGUUCAUGGUCUAUGCCACCAUGAGAAACCUGAGCAAGGCCGAGCCGCUGGUGGAGGCCGCCGGCCGGACUCUGGGCAGGACACUGGAGAUCAAGCAGCUGGACGUGUGCAGCGAGGAGUCCAUCAAAGCCUGCGUGGACAGCCUGCCAGAGCGCAGGGUGGACAUCCUCAUCAGCAACGCUGGGAUGGGACUGAUUGGACCCAUCGAGUGUCAGUCUAUCGAUGAGAUGAAGACGGUCAUGGACACCAACUUCUUUGGGCUGGUGCGACUGCUGAAGGAAAUCCUGCCUGACAUGAAAAAGAGGAAAAAAGGCCACAUCGUGGUCAUCAGCAGCGUCAUGGGCAUUCAAGGAAUCUUAUUCAACGAUGUCUAUGCAGCAUCCAAGUUUGCAGUGGAAGGCUUUUGCGAAAGCUUGGCAGUUCAAGCUCUGAGGUUCAGUCUGAACAUCAGCCUGAUAGAACCAGGUCCAGUGAUCACAGAGUUUGAGCGUAAGGUCUUUGAAGAGGGCAUGAAGACGGAUCUCAGCAAAGCAGACAAAGUGACUGCAGACAUGUUCACAAACAUCUACCUGAAGAACUACAGCCAGAUCUUCGAAACCCUUGGUCAGACAGCGGAGGAUGUAGCAGAGCACACCUACAGGAUCAUCACCAUGGACAACCCUCCCUUCCGCCAUCAGACAAACACUCUCUACACGCCCAUGACCACACUGAAAUAUGCUGAUCCCAAUGGAGACCUUCCCAUCGAAACAUUUUACAAAAUGGUGUUUGAACACGACAAAGUCUUCAACGCCAGCCUGAAUUUCCUCAAGCUGCUGCGCUGGAGAAGUCGCAAAAGUUUUACCCUGGAAAAAGAGAAGAGUACCUGAGAGGACUUGCACCCACGUGUCCGGGACUGUGUCUACGUCCGAAAAAUAUAUCACACCAGAAUAUACUCACGCAGCUAAGAAUUUGUAAAUAAAUAAAUCUCUGAGUAACAAAAA